UCAAGCCUGUUCUUCAAAGAAACACCAUGCUAGCUGAAGUAGUCGAGGAGUUAAAUAAAUUCAACCACAGCUCAGGUCUUCGCAAACACUUCAUCAGCCCCACGGAUGUGCUCUGUGAUGUGUGCAUUGGCACAAAGACGAGAGCCGUGCAGACCUGUCUGACCUGCCUGGCCUCCUUCUGCGAGACUCACAUCCAGCCUCACAGGGUGUCCGAAGCCCUGAGGAAACACAAGCUAGUAAAUUAGUUUGCUGACCUUAAGAGAAAACUCUGCUUGAGGCACCAGAAAGCCAUGGAAAUCUACUGCAGGACUGACCAGACGUGUAUCUGCUAUUUGUGUGCGGCGACUGAACACAAGAGUCACGACACGGUGACGCCUGAUGUGGAGAGGACUGAGAGGCAGGCCCAGUUGCUGACCUCAUUCAAUGACAGUAAGGAGAAAAUCCAGAGCAAAGAGAAGACCCUGACAAAGGUGACAGUGACAAUAUCACAGCUGAAGAGCUCUGCUGACAAAGAAAUACAAGAAUAUGAGAAGACCUUCACUUCUCUGCUUCGGUCCAUUGAGAGUCUGAGAUCCCAGGUGACUGAAGUGGUCAGAGAUCAUGAGCAGAGGGAAGUGAAACGAGCUGAAGAGCUCAAAAAGCGACUGGAGAAGGAGAUCGAGGAGCUGAAGAGAAGAAACACUGAGUUGGUAGAGCUGUCACAGACAGACGAUGAUAUCCAUUUCCUCCAGAAGUUCCCAUCUGUGCAGGCCUGUUCUGAAAGUGAGGACACAGCCAACACAGCUAUAAAUGUACAUUUCUUCCUUGAGGAUCUGAGAGAGAAUCUGUCAAAUCUGCAGAAGUGCUUGAAGGAGGUCAGCUGCUGGAAGUUUGUAAAUAUCAGCAAGAGUGAGACUUCUGCUCCUGAAGUAAAGAGGAUGAGGAAGGUGGAGGAAGAGGCACAUUCAUCUGGUGUCCCUACCUGGGACUGGUUUUCCAAAAAGUCUUCUCCAGUUGUGGGCAAAGAUAAAGUUACUAUUGAAGUUGUAGGUUUAGAAAAAACCUUUCAUUCGGGGAGGAGGUUUUUUGAAGAUCUCAUCAAGAAAAUGAACGAUUCUAGAAUUGAUAUUCAUCAAGGAGUGUUUGACAGUCAGUCCAGCAAUCUGGCUCUUCUCUUUUGUCCAAUUGUUUCGAGAAUUGGAACAGAUAUUAAAGUGGCACUGAAGAAAAUUCCAAAUAAUAAGAAGGUCAUUCUGGUUGUUAUGCAUCACACCCUUAACCCCGGUCAUAUUGUAGCAGAAAGUGCAAGAUUUGUGGAACAGAAAAAUGUGGUUGGCACAGUUGACCUCCUUUUCCACGAAAAUCUCGGCCUACUUGAAUGCCAACUCAAUAAACAAUCCUUAGAAAAAGUGUUCUUCUUUUGCAAGGAUCACUGUAUGAAAUAACUCUGUAAGCAUUGUCAUCAAUGCGACUCUUUAGAAAUAACUUGAUCAUGUGAGAUAGAUUAUAUUAUUAAAUACUUCCCGUAUGUUAUUGUAUACUCGCAUGGAAAUUUUAUGUUUUGACUUA